AUGGUGACCAUGCAGUUUGAAUACGACCCAGAACGUCUCAUAGAGGAGAUCAAAAAACGUCCCGGUAUAUGGGAUUUUGAUAAUAUAGAAUACAAGACGAAAAGCACGCGGCACAAGUUGUGGGCGGAUGUUGUGAACGAACUUAUAAAAGACGAUGUUACGAUAACGAAGAGCGAGAGGAGAGAACUAGAAAUACAACUUCAGAAGAAAUGGAAAGGCAUCAGGGACUGUUUCCAGAAAUACUUAACGAAUCCUAACAAAUCAAAACGUCCAUACUUAUAUAGCAGACAAUUACAAUUCCUAUUCAAAGACUCAAAGGACACGCAAAACAACGAAGCCGGUUCAAGCGAAUCAGAGGAAGGUCGGACUAAGACUGUAUGGAAACCCACGAAAAAACUAAGUCUCAAGAAAGAGGGCUUUAGUGAGGAGUAUCAAGCCGUGAAAAGUAUCGACAACGAUGAUUAUCGAUCAAACGAGGAAGUAUCGAUGGAAGUGCCAGUCAAACACAGCGGUGGGCAUGGUAAAAAUGCAACAGAAGAAUUCGCUUUCGCAUGUGUAGACACACAGAAUAGAACAGAACAGGAAGAUCCGGACAAACUUUUCCUUUUAUCACUUCUACCACAUAUAAAGACUAUACCAGAGGAGAUGCGAUUAAACGUCAAAAUGGACAUCAUGCAAGUACUGAGAAAUGGAAAUUAUCAAUCGGUUUCUGGACACGACAUAAUUUGA